AACACAGAGAGGAGGGAGAGAGAGGGAGAGCAGUCAGUCCAACACUCAGCAGCAUCAUGGCACCUAUCGGAUUAAAGGCGGUGGUCGGUGAAAAGAUUAUGAAUGAUGUCAUCAAGAAGGUGAAGAAGAAGGGAGAAUGGAAGGCACUGAUCGUGGACCAGCUGAGCAUGAGGAUGUUGUCCUCCUGCUGCAAGAUGACAGACAUCAUGACAGAGGGCAUCACCAUCGUGGAGGACAUCAUGAAGCGGAGAGAGCCUCUUCCCAGCCUGGAGGCCAUUUACCUGAUUACACCCACAGAGAAGUCUGUCCACACCCUCAUCGCAGACUUCAAAGACCCUCAUUCAGCCAAAUACAAGGCAGCCCAUGUUUUCUUCACUGACUCCUGCCCUGAUCCUCUCUUCAACGAGCUGGUGAAGAGCCGCGCUUCCAAAACCAUCAAGACUCUUACGGAGAUCAACAUCGCCUUCUUGCCGUAUGAGUCCCAGGUGUACUCCUUGGACAACCCAGAUGCCUUCCACAGUUUCUACAGCCCCCAUAAGACCCAGCUGAAGAACCCGGUGAUGGAGAGGCUGGCCGAGCAGCUGGCCACGCUCUGUGCCACCCUGAAGGAGUACCCUGCCGUCAGAUACAGAGGCGAGUACAAGGACAAUGCCACCCUGGCCCAGCUGGUUCAGGACAAACUGGACGCCUACAAGGCUGAUGACCCCACUAUGGGAGAGGGUCCAGAUAAGGCUCGCUCACAGCUGAUCAUCCUGGACAGGGCGUUUGACCCCGUCUCUCCAGUCCUGCACGAGCUCACCUUCCAGGCCAUGGGCUACGACCUGCUGCCCAUCGAAAACGACGUCUACAAGUAUGAGACCAGCGGCAUCGGAGACUCUCGUGAGAAGGAGGUUCUGCUGCAUGAAGACGAUGACCUGUGGGUGAGCCUGAGACACAAACACAUAGCUGAGGUUUCCCAGGAAGUGACUCGCCAGCUGAAGGACUUUUCUGCCAGCAAGAGGAUGAACACUGGGGAGAAGACCACAAUGAGGGAUCUGUCCCAGAUGUUGAAGAAGAUGCCUCAAUACCAGAAGGAGCUCAGCAAGUACUCCACUCAUCUGCAGCUCGCCGAGGACUGCAUGAAGCAUUACCAGGGAACAGUGGACAAGUUGUGCCGUGUGGAACAGGAUCUGGCCAUGGGCACAGACGCUGAGGGAGAGAAGAUCAAAGACCCCAUGAGGGCCAUCGUGCCCAUCCUGCUGGAUGCCAACGUCAGCACGUACGACAAGAUCCGCAUCAUCCUGCUCUACAUUUUCCUCAAGAACGGCAUUACGGAGGAGAACCUGAACAAGCUGAUCCAACACGCCCAGAUCCCCCCUGAGGACAGUGAGAUCAUCACCAACAUGGCUCACCUUGGUGUCCCCAUCGUCACAGAUUCCACCCUUCGCCGAGGAAAGAAGCUGGACAGGAAGGAGCGUGUGAGCGAGCAGACCUAUCAGCUGUCCCGCUGGACACCACUGGUCAAGGACAUCAUGGAGGAUGCUAUUGAUGAUAAGCUGGACACCAAGCACUACCCAUACAUUUCCACCCGCUCCUCUGCCUCCUUCAGCACCACUGCAGUCAGUGCUCGGUACGGCCACUGGCACAAGAACAAGACACCUGGAGAGUACCGCACUGGACCGCGCGUCAUGGUCUUCAUCAUCGGCGGCGUGUCCUUCAGCGAGAUGCGCUGCGCCUAUGAGGUCACACAGGCCAAUGGGAAGUGGGAGGCCGUCAUUGGUUCCACCCACAUGCUCACCCCCACCAAAUUCUUAUCGGACCUGCAGCACCCCGACUUCCGAGAGUCCACUAGGGUGUCCUUUGAGGACGCAGAAUCCACAGCCGAGUGAGGCAGAGACAGAUUGGGAGGGAGGGAGAGAGAAAUCACACUGAAAAAAGAUCGACCCACAUCUUCACUCCCACCAGCCUGCUGGAGCAGCUCAAGGCCAUGAACAAACCAGACGAGGACGUCCCGAGCUAAGAUC